CCUGGACGCCAAUUGCUUCUUCAACCCCCCCCCCCUCCUUCCUCGAAAUUUGAUUCCUCCCCUGGUAAAAGAUCAAGGACUUCCUCUAAUUCACUUCCGUCAUCCUCCACAACUUCUUUCCUCAUCCUUUCUCGCUCUUCUUCUUCUAGCACGGAUUGGAGAGCAAGUCGCGAUGAAAUCUUUUCAAUAAGAUCAGCUUGCAUCUCCUCACUCAUGCCCGCCUCUUCAGCGCUCGGUGUGGGUGUAGAAAGGGAUGGGCGGCUACAACAAGACAUUUCUGAUCAUGAUCAUCAUGGGAGCUCUUCGUGACAACUUUUGUAUUAUCCACGACAUCCUCAUGAUUGACUUCCUCCUCCUCUGCUUGUAUUGUAGCAUAAAGGCUGUCUUGAGAAAACUGUGCACAAGCUUUCUCAAUGACCUCUAUGUUCUUCUUUAUGCUUCGAAGGGUCUCCUCUGUUUCACAGGAAAAGGAGAAGUCAGUUUGGGCCAUGGCCUGGAUAUGAGGAUCAAUCUCGGGAAAGGAUCUCUUAGGUACUCGAGCAAUCUGCUCCACGAGUAGCCUCAAGUGAUAGUUUGGAUCUGGCUAUGGAGUGUAGCAUGGCUCUGCUAGAUGGCCCGUGAAGGCUGUGGAUAAACCAAGAUCUGAUGGCCCUUCUAAUUGUGGGAGGAAUUCUUCUUGAUAAUGAGAUUAUUCUUGAAAUAACCAAGGGUCUGAUUGUUCUUUGUAGUAGGGGGGUUGGUACUGUAACCCGACUCCAUAGUCUUCUCCUCCUUGGGUGCUCCAGGAAGUCUCGAGGUAAUACCACUCGGGUGGUGGUGGAUACCCCCAAUGGUUGGAAAAAGCCUUGAUAAUCCAUGUAUCAGAUCUGCACCAGCAAAAACAAAAUACCCAAGUGAAAAGAAAGGGUGGAAAAGAGAGGAUGCAUAAUAUUAAAUGCUAAAGUAACAG